UCACUUUCAAACCAAAAUUGACAUGAUUACUUCAUUUUAUCAAAUAUUCAUUCUGUUUUACUUCCACGAUUUUAGUGGAAGUAAAUUUAACAUUUAGACUGUUUAAAUAACUAAAUUAUCAGUGAAAUUUAUUCAAAACAACAUGGUGUUGACCGCCGAUAUAACUUUACCUGAAGAAUCGGAAUUGACAGUGGAAGAAGUCAAUUUAUCGACGGCUACUUUGAGAGCUGGUUCUUUCCAUUUAGGAAAAUACUGCGAACAGGCCAAUAAUGAAUUCAUGCUCUGCCGUUUUGAAGAAAAGGAUCCUCGUAAAUGCAUUAAUGAGGGUAAGGCUGUCACUGCUUGUACCCUGGAGUUCUUCCGGAAGGUGAAGAAGACUUGCUUGGCUGAGUUCAAUCAGUACACCAAUUGCAUUGAUAAGAGCUCUGGUGAUUUUGGUCUUCAGCAUUGCCGCAAAACUCAAGGAGUGUUUGACGGGUGCAUGCUGGAGAAGCUCCACAUGGAGCGUCCAGAGUUUGGCUACUUCACUGAGGUCCGAGUUCACUCCACCAACAGGCCCAAGCCUCUGGUGGAAGAAAAGGCAGUAUACCCCGAUACUACUCCAGCCUUACCCGACGACGCAGAGAGGAAGCCCGCACGAUUCGGUUCCCGCUUCUACUGGAUGACAGAAUAAACACCCUACCUCUAACACUUAGGUUGAAUUGAAAAUGAAAUCAGUGAAAUUACGAUUUUUGUAAAUUAUUUUAAAGUUUAAAUGUCAAAAAUUAAGUGAAAAUGAUUAUUAGAAAGGAUUUUUUGUCACUUGUGCUGUAAUAUCAUGUAAGUGAAGUCACUUUAUUAUUUUACUUUCAUAGCUGUUUAAAUAGUUUGUAGUAAAAUAUGUUCAAAUUA